UCUUCCUUCUGCGACCGCGACUGCUGCCGCCGCCAUUGUGAGAGGUUAGGGUUUUCGUUUUCUCCGUCCGCCUAUCGCCGCCAUUGUGAGAGCUGUUGGUGAUCUCUCAUGGCGCCCCAAGAUUGCUUCAGGCGCGGGAUCAGAAGCAGCUACGACGCGAAGCCUUGGGAAUGCUUUCAAUGCAACACGAUGAACUUACCAGUGCAGAAGUUUCUAUUUGAUCUCCCAUCAUUUAGAUGUUCUGGAUGCGGCUCUCCGUUUCUGGAUGAUUUCGAGUUCUGCUUUGAUCUUGUCAAAGCGAACACGCAUCAGUUGAUUGGCGGCCUUGGCAAUGUGAAGUAUCAGUCAGAUAGUCCUGAGUGCAUUGCGUUUUCCAUAGCGUCCUGCCUAGAGAUUGCGAAGAGGAUCAGGAAGGUUUUUCGGGGCAAAGAUCCUGACUCUGUAAAAGGGAUAAACCCCUUUGAAAUUGUUGAGAUGUUUGAAGAGAAGUGUAGGCAUGGGAUGUCCUAUGGUGAAACUGGUAUCGGCAAGCUAGUGACAAUGGCCCUUACUGUGCAAAAUGAUGGUAUUACUUCAGAAGACCAUUUAAAGCACUUCUCUGCUGUAGCUGUGGAGACGAUUGACAAAUUUGACUUUGAGAAGAUUUGUUCGGUACUCGCUGAUGGCAUUCCACUUAUUGGUACACUGUAUAGCGGUGACAGAUUGAAGAAUCUGAAGUAUGGUCAGAUUUACAAAGCGCCUAAAUUGGCCAGGUUUCUUGAAAAAGGCAUAAUUCCUGUUGGGCAUGCUGUUGUUAUCAUUGGAGCAGGAAUGCAUUCUGGACAACAGUAUUUGUACUUUCUCAAUUCAUGGGGUGCUGAAUUUUGCCCACGCUAUGACCAAGAUGGUAAUCUUGUUAAGGGUGGAGUUGGGAAGAUGAGACUGUAUGACUUGAUCUGCAAUCCUAUUCUUUUUGCCACAAAUUUUACUGAAUGCGUUGGUCAGAAUAGGCUAAUGCCUAUGAACAUCGGCAAGUUGUCAGACUACAACAAGAGGGUUCUGAUGGGAGAACGCCAAACUAAUGUUAUACUUGAAGAUCUUAUUAUUGCUGGUGUAAGCUCUGGGUAGGGCAUCAACCAAAAUUAGAGUUGAAUAGGAAGGCCCGGUUUAACUGAAUAAUUGAAUUGAUGAACUCGAAGUAUGGCUCAAGUGAUCGUAAUUAUGCAUGUCCAUGGAGUUUUGCAAUAGCCACUGCACAAUUACUCGUCUACUUGGAUGUGAUCUAUGCAUGUGUUCGCUGCAUUGACAGUGACACCGGUGGUUUGUUUGGAACUAUGAUAUAUACAAAAAGAAGAAAGCCCCCAAUGCUUCUGUGUAAUUGAAAUGGCUGACUUUGUGAGGGUGAUUGUCUAACUGCAGUACUGGAGCCAGCGACGUUGUGCAGUCUAGACGACAAAGAGUUGUGCAGUCUAGACGACAGAGAGCAUUUAGUUGUGGGAUAGUUUUUGUAGGCAUUUUACAUGAAUGAUAGUGCUGAUAGCAGCGGUGGACCUCGUUGGCUGCCCGGCCAGCAUAGGAGCUGUUCGAAAUUGCAGUUUAGCUAUGUUAUUUAUCCUUUUUCAGAGCA